AUGUGCCACGAUUGGAAACAGGAGUAUUUCGAGUGCGGCCACGUUUCUCGAAAACUUAUCAAUUGUCCUGCGUAUUUUGAGCAACAAGAUUCGGCGGUCAAUUUUCUCAGCAGCUUGUUCCGCGGCAGGUUCAGGAACAAGAAACACUGCGGUCGUGUUAUUCCCCACCACGCAGGCCCAGAACCCUUCUGCCCAAGUUGUACAAUCAAAUUUGAACGGAUGAGGGCGCAACAAGCCAGCGACGGCACAUUCAGAGCCUAUCGGCCAGAUAUGGAGAAUGUCGGGCAAGGCCCGUCCAAAGUCUGCUUGAAUAUGCGUACGGAUAUGGCCACAAGAAGGCCCCAAGAUCAAGAAAGACACUCCCAGCAUGUUAUAAAAACCCGUAGCCAUGUACCAGAAAACUACGGGCUAGCGCGGAGUCUUUGGGUACCGGACUUACAUGACCACCCAGAGACAUUCGUGCGAAGAGAGACUUGUGGUAGACCCGCGGAGCCCGCGCCACCGGUGAGCUCUUCGCGGCGUCACAAGUCAUCUGCCCCCAGUAAGUCGUCUCGUGAACAGGAAACUGGGGAUAAUGAUUCGAAAUCUCACGCUUCUAGUUUAAACAAACACCACGGGCACGUCUAUAACACUUCCCCGGGUGGAGCUCCGAACCUCAAUGAUCCUCAACUGUUCGAAAACCCGAGGAAACCUCCAAAGGGGCCACAACCAACGUAUUAUUCCCAGCACCACAGAAAAGUUGGUACGAAUGAAUUACCUAGGCGGCCUGCCCUGAAACCAUCGCCGCGACCAGCGCCGCCUCCGCCUCCUCCUUCUGUUGCCCCCCCUCAAGUUUCGCAACAGAACACAAUUGCCCGAUCGCAGGAUAGGCAACGUGCCCCAACCUAUAAACCUCCGGUUCCCAUGAGCUUAAACUCAGCCGAAGCACACCCAAAGCUACGACGAAAAGCAGGACAAUUCUUUAGUAAGGCUCAAAAGGAACCAACUGCCGUCAAAGCCAUGAAUGCCCCGCCGCCCAUGUACCUUACCUACCUAACUGCUUAUGAAUUCACAAAGGAUGGUUCCAGUCCACACAACCAAACUGGAACCAAUGCCUCCCUAUUUCUACCGCCUCGGAAGAAGAAAAAAAGCAAAUCAUCCAAGCUCAAGCCUGGAGGAUCCUUUCUGAGUAGAAUUAUCAAGUUCGGAGUGCCAAUCGAGGAAUCGGAAGAGAGCUUUGCAUGUCAAGAUUCGAGGAUGCUGUCGAGAAUGAACCAAGGACAGACAUCUCCCCAGCCCCAGUGA